AUGGAAAUUCCUGAGAUGAACAAAUGUUUGUCAAAGUUCUAUGUUUCUGCCAGGAAAAAAGAUGGCUCAAACUACAAGAAAACAAGCUUGAUAUCAAUCUGGGCAGCCUUGGAUCGCCAUCUUCGGUCAGAACCCCACAAUAAAACAUUUUCAAUUUGUGACGCCGUUGUGUUUAAUGAAGCAAAUAAAACAUUACAUGCGUACCUGAAGCACCUCAUUGGUAGUGGUAAAAUUGCAGGAACAGUGCACAAAAAUCCCUUGACUGCUGAAGCCGUACAACAGCUCUUCGAGAAAGGCGAACUAGCCAGCGCUGAAACAAGUAAUCCUCGCGGUUUGAUGCAAACAGUUUGGUUCUAUAUUUCCCCGUAUUUUGGCAAACGAGGUUGUGAAAACCAGAGUGCUUUGAAGAAAUCCAUGCUACAUCUUUGCAUCACAAAUGGUGGAGACGAAUACUUCGAGCUCAACAAAGACGAACCCGGAACGGUACUGUCUAGCAAAAAUCACACUGGCGGCUUCGAAGGCACCGAAGACCACUCGGAUGGCAAGAUUUUCGCCAUAUCAAAUUUGCCAAGAUGUCCAGUGAAGACCAUCAAAGCGUACCUCAGUCAUCUUAACCCAAAGAUUGAUAAUCUAUUUCAGCGGCCAAAAGAUCUCACAGCCAAGUUUAACCCAAACCAAGCCACGAUUUGGUACGAGCAGAAGGCAAUUGGUCAUAACACGCUUGACAACAUGUUGAGAAAUAUGUGUGAAAGGGCUGUCAUCUUGCCGUAUUACACCAACCACUCGCUUCGAGCCACAACGGUCACUAUCCUGUCGUCCAACAACGUCGAAACGCGGAAAAUUAAAGCGGUAACUGGCCACAGAAGCGACACAAGUAUAGAAAGUUAUUGUGAAAGGUCAACUCUGAACCAAUUCAAACACAUGUAUUAA